AAAUCACAGCCCCGUGGAGCUGGCGCUCGCUCAUUCAGUUUUCUAGAGAGAUCUGAGCCGGAACCCGGGAGCCGGGAGAUCUUUCUCGCCCACCCAUCUCAGCAGCAAGGACAUCUACAGGGGGAAAAACCCACCCCACGCAGCCCCCCGCCGCCCCACGGCAGCUGCUGGCCCUGUGCAGGGAUGAUUUAUUGCAAGUGGCUGUGAAAAGACAUUAGGAGAGCAAAUAGUCCUUUGGGAACAAAGAGUCACAAGAUAGAAAAACAGCUGUUGAGACUAUAACAAACAGUCUAGACUGCCAACAUGCAGCAAAAAUAUUCAAGUAGGUGAUGGAAUAAACAACACUUUCCUUUGGAUGGAUUAUACUACAUGUGAACUGCCUGUUACUCUUUCCGCAAGAAUAAGAAAAACCCUUUGCUUUCAUUUGUUAAAUAUCAGCUUGAUGGGAAAAAGCAUCUGAAUGGCUUACACUCACAGCAGACCAUCACUUGAAUGGGAUCAGCACCUCUACUAAAGCAUCUGAAUUUAAGGAUUUGGAAAAGAGGUUUUUGCAGAGAUGACCCACUUACAAGCUGGACUUAGUCCAGAGACUAUAGAGAAAGCCCGCCUGGAACUGAAUGAAAACCCAGACAUUUUGCAUCAGGAUAUCCAGCAAGUCAGGGACAUGAUUAUCACGAGGCCUGACAUUGGGUUUUUACGUACAGAUGAUGCCUUCAUCUUGAGAUUUCUCCGAGCCAGAAAGUUUCACCAAACUGAGGCCUUCAGACUGCUGGCUCAGUACUUCCAGUACCGCCAAUUAAACCUGGAUAUGUUCAAAAACUUCAAGGCUGACGAUCCAGGAAUCAAACGGGCUCUGACAGAUGGGUUCCCAGGAGUACUGGAAAAUCGUGACCACUGUGGCAGGAAGAUUCUUCUACUUUUUGCAGCCAACUGGGAUCAGAGUAGGAACUCCUUCAUAGAUAUCCUUCGGGCUAUUCUACUUUCCUUAGAAGUCCUCAUCGAAGAUCAGGAGCUUCAGAUAAAUGGCUUCAUUCUAAUUAUAGACUGGAGCAACUUCUCUUUCAAGCAAGCCUCCAAGCUUACACCAUCUAUCCUCAAACUGGCCAUUGAAGGGUUACAGGACAGCUUUCCUGCACGUUUUGGAGGAGUCCAUUUUGUCAAUCAGCCCUGGUACAUCCAUGCCCUGUACACGCUAAUCAAACCGUUUCUCAAAGACAAGACAAGGAAAAGGAUCUUUCUUCACGGUAACAACCUGAACAGUCUUCACCAGCUAAUACACCCUGAAUGCCUGCCCUCCGAAUUCGGGGGGACUCUUCCUCCCUACGACAUGGGCACAUGGGCUCGAACGUUACUUGGUCCCGACUACAGUGAUGAAAACGAGUACACCCACACCUCCUACAACGCCAUGCACGUGAAGCACGCGUCCUCCAACCUGGAGCGGGAGACCUCACCCAAACCCAUGAAAAGGUCCCAGUCUGUGGUGGAAGCUGGCACACUGAAACAUGAAGACCCGGGGGAAAGUGAGAACACCCAACCACUGCUGGCUCUGGACUGAGGUGCCCAACAGACACAGAUCCACGAACAGACUUCCACCGUACCAGAGACCCACAGAGCACACCACACACAGACACACGCACACACACGUGUUUUGCUUGAUGGCAAGUCCUUCAUGUUUCCUGACCAAGUAACAACUGUCACCAGCCAUCCAUCCGUGCGGCCGACGCUGAACAAAAACUGAGAAAUUUGUACUGACACAGGAAUCUGUCCAUAAACAAAGAUUUUUUUUUUUUUGAGUUAUGACAUUAAAAUAUUGGAAAUGGUGGAACUGCAUUCUCUGUUUAAAGAAACCAGGGUAUGUCAGUAGUUUUCCUGAAGACUUCAUCAGGGAUGCUCAUUUUAUAGACGCUAAGGGGUUGAGUUUUAAAGAAAAGCAUCUCGAGUUUAAACUUUGCACUGUAAUCAGUAAGUGUAAUCUGCGUCAGAGGGCAGAAUCAUCAUUUACACAGUAUUUGAGUUUUACAGAAGGAUUUUGCAUUUAAAAAAAAAUAAAAUAAAAUAAAAUAAAAUAAAAAAACAAAAACAAAAAACCAAAAAGCCAGUGCCAGAAUAAUGCCAUUCAACACGAUACUUUGUGACUGCCUCAUCCAUGCUGCUUAUAUAGGGGGAAGGUCACAUUUCAGUAUCUAGCAAAAAUUUUUCUUAACUUUUGAAGCCCUCGUAAAACUGUCAGCUAAAGUGAAAUGAGCUGUGUGGGCAGCAGACGCGCACAAUUUGAAAUGCAACUAUUUAAUUGUAAUGUGUUUUUCCACAGGCAACUCAGGAGCCUAUUAGAUACAUGCGUGUGCAUGUGUGAGCACGUGUGGUGGUGGUGGGGUGCCAGGGAGACCCAUUGGACACAUUCACCAGUGAUUAAUGGUUCAAUCCAGAUUGUUUCAUUCAGGUCACAACAACAAAUGAAAGCUCUGCAGAGCCAUUCACUCCCUUCCCUCCUGCAGUCAAGGAAAGGUGUAGCCAGAAGGGUAUGCUGAUUGCAGAUACAGGCCAUGGUUAAAAUGGAAAAGGAAAACUUAUAAUUAAUUAUUCAGUACCAGCUUCUGCUAGAAGGAAAUGCUGAAGAAUACAAGAACUGAAAUGCCAAAGAUCAGUUUGUUAUUUCUCUCUUUGCUCUAGCUGAAAAGAGUACCAUCCCUUCAUUGAAAUGGAAACCGGAUUAAAGAAAUAAAAGAAAAAUCAUUA